GCGCACUGCGCCUUUUGGUUAACUAAACUGAAACAAUGCUCAAUAAGUUCAUUUGCUUGUCUAUUCUAUUGCAAUUCUUGCUGAGUAGCGCAUCGGCGCCUCCAGCGCCACCAUCACCGCCGCCACCACCGUGUGGCUUGGAGCGGAACUGCGGCAAGGUGAAUGAAAGCAGCGCCGUUUGUCGUUACGAUGCUGUUAAUGGUUGCAUACGCAAAUAUGCCUCCAAAUGCCACUUGGAGAUCGCUGCCUGCAAAGAGCGCACGGUCUACCGCGACUACAGUGACGUAUACUGCAGCAUGGAGACAUUUUUGUGUGAAGAGUCGUCGACAUACGAGCGCUGGACAAUCUUCUUUGGUUAUGCGAAAGAUUAAUGUGACAUCUCAAUAAAUACUAUUAUUAGCUGUAUGGCAAUUUGUAUAGA